CAUCUUCCCUCAUAGUCCACAGGAUGCCUCCCUUUCUCUCUAUAAUCACUCUUUCCUCAAGCUCAACAGAUCGUUCGGCUACCUUAACAGUACUAUUCCUCCAGAAUGGGGUUCCAUACAACUAGUGAACAUCUCUCUCCUUGGAAAUCGAUUAACAGGUUCAAUCCCAAAAGAAUUCGGAAACAUAACCAGACUCAGAAGCUUAGUCCUCGGGGACAAUCAGCUUUCUGGAGGUAUUCCUCUAGAGCUUGGGAAUCUUCUCAGCUUGGAGAAAGUGGAGUUGCCGGGAACACUUGCAAAUCUGACCACUUUGAAGGACUUGAUGAUUCAGGCUAGUGGUUUGGAUGGGCCAAUUCAUUCUGGAAUUUCUCUCUUGGAAAAUUUGUCUGACUUGUUAGUAAAUUCUUAUAAUCUCAUAGCUUUACCCUUUUAUAUAAGAAAAUAUCUAAUUUAUGUUUAUUCUUUGACAAAUAAAAACAAAUGCAGGAGAUUUAGUGACUUGAGUGGAAGUGAAACAGCUUUUCCACCUUUUAGUAAUAUGAAAAACCUGAAGACACUGAUAUUAAGGAGCUGCAAUAUUAUGGGACAGAUACCUGAUUAUCUUGGAACAAUGACAAAUUUGAAAACCUUGUUAUUUAUAACUCCAAGAAUCAAGGUGAUUCAGGUUCCCGUGGACAGUUGCAUAUGUUGUCUACAUCAGUUCUUCUUCUACCUGAGUGACCUGAUCAACUUGAAUGCUGAUAUUUCAUUAGCACUGGGAGAUGCAAAUAUAGAUUUAAUUGCAAGUAUAAUCAUCUUAUGAAGGGAAGCUCAGUUAUUCAUCUUUCAGCGGCAGUCAGCACCACUACCACAACCACCUGAAUGACCAAUAUGAUUGUCUUCUCUUUAGUCAAUUGAAUAUUAAAGACAUUUGAGCAUUCUAGCUGAAUAUUUAGUUAAUAUUGUGUAAUCUUUCUGGUUAAUGGAUUAUUUGAGUUGGUAUGUUUUGUUGAAUAUUUGGAUAA